AUGGUGAACAAUCGUAACGAGGUAAUCGUAGCGCCGGCAAACGAAGAAGCUGCAGCGAUGCCACCCCGUUUUGCUUCUUGUCAGCAGCAGCAAGUUGCGAGCGUAUCGCCUCGUGUGGAACCUCGGGCGGUAGCCAGGGUGUUGUCAAUGCAACGCCCUGCUUCUACGGCCCAACGUCGCCGACAAGAGGGGGCAGAAGAAGCAAAUGAACCUCCGCUGCGAAGAGCCCGUAGAGAUAAAGCGGAGCUUUCUCCUCCUCCUCCUUCUCCUCUCGCCUCUAAUUCCGAUGAAGACGUGCAAAUACUGAUGCACAUACGGCCUGAUGGAAAUAUCAACAAUCAGCAGCAACAGGCCGAAGCGGAAGAGGAACGGGCGUACGAAUUACGAAGAAGGCUGGUGGACGAAGAGCUUGCAGACAUCUUUGAGCGGGAAACGAUCCAUUUGUCAGAGUUCAGUGAGGACAACGACAACAACGCCGUCGAUGAGCGCGACGAAGACGCCGACGAUGAGCGCGACGACGACGACGACGACGACACCGACGAUGAUAAUGGCGAUGAUAAUGCCGACAAAGACGCCGACGAUGAGCGUGACGAAGACGCCGACAACGAUGAAGAUUCCAUCGCGGAAGGGGAUGGAACUGUAAAUGUUGCGCAGGAAAAUAGUAGUGAACAGAACGGCACCAACAACGAGCGCAGCAACAGUGACGUCGACGACAUCACCAACACCGCCGAGCGUUACACCGGCAGCAGCAGUGCUACUCCCGCCACCCCCGACAGUGCUGCCGAUGACGAGAGAAGCGAACAGAUUGGUGAAAAUAAUAAUUAUUCAUUAAUUCGCUCGUCGCGUCAAGAUGUGAACCAUCUUUGUUAUAUUCGACCUUCCGCACGCGAAAAUUUCACUGGCAAAGAGAAAAACGCGCGCGUCGCAUUCGUGUUCUACGAUUUCGAGACCCGACAGGACGAGACGCUCAAAGGUACAACGUCUGUAAAAAUUCACGUGCCUAGUCUUUGCGUCGCGCAACAGAUUUGCGUCAUGUGCGCAAAUGAGGACAUGACGGUACGUUGCCGGUGGUGCGGAGUGCGCGAAUUCGUGUUCCGCGAUGAUCCGGUGAGGCGAUUCGUCGAUUUCGUUACGAGAACGACAAAAUGUUUCAAGCAGAUUAUCUGCAUCGCGCACAAUGUCGAGGCGUUCGACGCGCAGUUGAUCUUUCGUUACAUCACGGAAAAACGUGUCGAUUUGGAUCCACGAGUGAUAUUAAACGGGAUGAAGACCAUUGUAUUAACGGCCGGGCAUACGAAAUUUAUUGACACCAUCAACUAUAUGCCGAUGCGUUUGUCACCUUUGCCGAAGGCUUUCGGUUUGCGGGGCGGGGUGGAAAAGCGAUAUUUUCCGCAUUUAUUUAACACUUACGCGAAUCAGUCGUACGUCGGACCGAUACCAGCCAUUAAAUAUUACUCGCCGGAUAGUAUGUCUAGCGAAGAACGCAAACGUUUUUUGUCAUGGCACGCGGAACAGACGCACGAAAACGCAGUUUUUGACUUUCAUCGCGAGAUAGAGCGUUAUUGUCGUAACGACGGUGAUAUUUUGCGGCGAGCGUGCAUGGCCUUCCGCAAGAUAUUUCUCGAGCGUGGAAACGUAUGUCCGUUCGAAGAAUGCACGACCAUUGCUUUUACAUGUAUGCGAGUUUUUCGUAAAAACUUUAGUGAAGAAGAAAUCGGCGUCAUUCCUCGCGGCGGAUAUUACCUCGCAGAUACGCAAUCCCGCAAAACUCUGCAGUGGCUGGUGUGGAAGGAGCGCAAGCUCGGCCACACCAUUGUUCACGCGGGUCACGGGCGAGAACAUCGUAUCGCGAAAGUCGGAGGCAUUCCCGUCGACGAGUAUUACGAGACGGCAAACGGUGAGCGUCACGUGUUGCAAUACCACGGCUGCUUUUGGCACGGGUGUCCCGCGUGUUUUCAAACGGAACGCGAAGAACGUCUCUGCACGGGGGAACGCGAAGUGUACGACACGAUGAAUUCGCGAUACGAGCGUACACUGACAACGUCAUGGCGUCUUCGCAAACGGGGCUACAUCGUGACAGAGAAAUGGAAGUGCGCUUUUGAUCGCGAUAUGCGGAAAAAUCGCAAAAUGCGAGCGUUUUUAGACCACCCCAUGCUUGCAGCUGAACCGCUCUCACCGCGUGACGCGUUUUUUGGCGGUCGAACGGGAAACAUCGCGAUUCGGCGCGAAGUUACGGGUACGGAGAAGAUACGUUACGUAGACGUGUGUUCUCUAUACCCUUACGUGUUGAAAACCGGCGCUUUCCCGAUUGGACAUCCGAAAAUUCUCGUCGGAGAGAAAGAGUGCGCCUCGCUCAUCGGGGCGAUGCCCGAUGUCGAUUUUUGCGAGAGGCUUGUGCGUUGUAGAGUGCUCUUUCCGCGCAAUCUCUUACACCCUGUACUCCCGUAUCGUGUACAGGGCAAACUGCUGUUCGCUUUGUGCCGCAGUUGCUGCGAAAACUUCUCACAGACUCAGUGCUUGCACGAAAAUACGCGCGAUCGUAAAUUCAAAGGCGUGUGGGUAUCCUGUAAAUUACGCAUAGCUGUGGAGAAGGGUUAUCUUGUAAUUGCGGUGAGCGAGAUAUGGCAAUACGAGACGAUCCGAUACGACGCUGAUACGCGUCAGGGAGGAUUAUUUGCCGAAUACAUAUACUGUUUUCUCAAAUUGAAGCAAGAGGUGAGUGGAUGGCCGAGCAAAUGCGUGGACAAACAAUCUAAGGAACGAUAUCUUCGAGAAUACGAAGCAGUCGAGUGUAUCGCUCUAGAUAGAGCAAACAUUGCGCAAAAUCCGGGAAAAUUCGAGCAACGAUCGAAUCUGACGAGUACUGAGGUGGUAAAGACGCAGGAACGUCUCGUAUCGCUAUUGUUGAGCCCCGAGCACGAGGUAACCGAUAUAUUACCUGUGAAUAACGUGGUAAUAUAUGUUUCGUGGCGAAUGCGGGACAAGGCGGUCGUACCCUCUUCGAUUACCAACGUGAUAAUAGCGGCGUACACGACGGCAUAG